AUGCAUUGGCUGGCAUGGAAGAAGUUGUGCCGUCACAAGCGAGAGGGGGGUUUGGGUUUUCGGACUAUUGAGGAUUUUAACACGGCUCUACUAGCAAAACAGCUAUGGAGGUUAAUGGAUUACCCGGAUUCGCUUUUUGCUAAGAGUAUUAUCUCUGCUCGAUCUCUGGUAAACAAAGGGCUCAUUAAAAGGGUCGGUUCCGGAUCAUCCAUCUCAGUUUGGUAUGAUCCAUGGAUUUCUGAUUCCCGCCCGAGGUCAGCUAUUUGUAUCGGUGUUAAUUACUAUCCCCACCUGAGGGUGAGUGAGCUAAUUAACACUCAGACUUCAACGUGGAAUCUUCCACUAUUGCAACAAUUGUUCGAGAGCACUGAAGUUGCUCGUAUUACUGGGAUUACGAUUUCUACUGGUCUUAAGCCAGACAGGACUGGAUGGAUGUUCACUCAAACAGGGCGAUAUACGGUUAAAUCGGGGUAUAAGGUCCUCCAGGAGUUCCCGGACGUGGAGGGCACACCGGUAUUCGGACCAGACACACGUAGACUGCAAGCUCAGUCCUGGAAAGCCCGGAAUUACAAAGUUUUCUCCAAUACGGAUCAAGAUCCGAGAGAGGUUUUGGAUUCUGCAAUAACAGAGGCUCGUGCAUGGGCCGCAGCCCAACCGGCUGGAGAGAUGGACAAUGUGCGGAUAGACAUAUCAGCGACGCAACCGCCUUGUGGUGAAUGGUGUCAAAUAGAUGGAGCCUGGAAAGAGUCAGAGACUCGAGCGGGACUUGGGUGGUACAAUCUAGACCCGGAAUCGGGUUCAGUUUUGGUUGGGGCCUGUAAUUUACGACGGGGUCUAUCCCCUUUGCAGACGGAACUGGAAGCGUUGGUGUGGGCCAUGCAAAUCAUGUUGGUCUACAAUAAACGGCGAAUGCAGUUUCAAACUGACUGCACUGAACUGGUGAAGAUGGUGUCUACACCGACAGCGUGGCCGGCGUUCGAAACACUGCUUGAAGAGGUGGAGAAGUGCAAGAGGCGGUUUGAGGCUUUCUCCAUAAUCCACAUACCGAGGACAACAAACACGAAGGCAGACAAGCUAGCACGGAGUGCUCGAGAUCAGCCUUAUGACGUGUAUUAUGUAAACAUCGCUCCCUGA